AUGCAGCAACAUGUGGAAAUUACCAAUUCAUUUUAUCAUAAAAGACAGGUAUGGACGACGUCAAACUUAGGAUCAGUUUUAUUUAAAAAUAUUGAAAUUAACAUGUUUAAAAAAGAGUAUCAAGAGAACAAAACGUUUACUAUAUUAAUUUGGAAAUACUGGGAUUGGUUACAAAAUCGACACUUGUAUGGUUUUGGAUCUUCAAGAGUAGAUUCAUCAUUAAAAGAUUGCAGUGUAAGGAACUGUAUAUUUACUAAAACUGACCAAUACUUGGGAAAAGCUGAUGCUGUAGUGGUACAUCUACAACAUGGGAUAUUUCCGACAGCAGAAAAAAGAAGCCCUCAUCAAAGAUGGGUCUUUUUGAGUGACGAAUCACCACUAAACACAUUUUCAUUAUCAAAGGAAACACCUAAAUUGGAACAAUUGAAAAACAUGUUUAAUUGGUCGAUGACGUACAGAAGUGACUCUGAUAUACCAGUACCAUACGGGCGAACUCUACCGCUGCCGGAACAUUUAUUUAUUAAAAAAGCGCAAACUCCCAGGAGCACUUUAAUUCCAGGCUGGAAUAGAAAACGUCGUGAUGUUCUUGUGGCAAUACUGAUGUCUAAUUGCGCAGUUUCAUAUCGAAUGGAAUAUUUGAACGAAUUGAGAAAACACAUAGACGUCGAUGUCCAUGGGCGUUGUUCAGAAAAUCUUAAAAAUAGCUGCCCAGAACAUGACCAAUUGGAUAGUGUAGAAAUUAGAUUAUCACCUGCACAAAUACAGCAAGAAUAUUUUGAAAACUUACCUGACUGUGAUUGGGUUAAAUAUGAAAAAAGCAAUAGGAGUCAUUUAUUGCAAAACAUUGCAUUUGCUCUGUUUGGAGGCCCUAGUCUUGAAGGGGAUUUUUCAUGUUUUGGGUCACAAGAUGCACAUCUUGAAGGCUACACAUCCAGACAAAAAGAGCAAGUCAUAAGAAUAUUUGAAAAAUUAUGUGAACAAAGUAAGUAUUCUCAGAAUGAUGAGGAUAUUGUCAUGUCUAUACUUUUAAUAGUAUGUGCCAGACCGAGGCCUUUAAAAUUUUAUAAAAUUGAACCAUCAAAUUAUUGGUUAGACCUACAUCAGAGAAAUGACAUUGAUAUUUGGUGUACGGCUGUGUUCAGGGUCAGAAAAUGUAUACCAACUACAGUCAAUGCUAAACCAUGUAGAAUAUACAUUGAUGAAAAUGCAAGAGUGUACCAGGAUUGGGAUUCAUAUUUAACAAAUAAUACUCUUCCAAAGUGUGUAAUAAUAGUUCCAGAGAGUGGUGAAUACAAGGGUACCAUUAUUGAGGGUGAAAAUGCAUUUGCUGUAAAACUGAGUGUAGCUCCAUCACCCACUUUGGGUCUCAAGGCCCGAGUACUAAGUUCCGUUGACACAGUAAACACAGUGGCUUCAUUAGGAGCCGUAGGCGUUCUGGGAGUUGCAGCAUUUACUCCAGUUGGACCAGCUAUUCUAAUUGGGGCUACCGUUGCAACAGUUGCAACAGGAAUAUAUGGUCUUGUUCGUUCAUCAAUACACUUACACGAUAGACGCAUACAUGAGCAGAGUAUAAGUCCGACGGACGCAGAAGCACGGGGCAGUUGGCUUAACAUAGCAGCAUCCAGCGUGGGCCUCGCAGCCGGCGCUGCUAGCACCUUUCUCUCCCGUACCGCAGCGGCGGGUACCAAUUUGACCAAGACUGGUCAAGCCUUAGCCAUCUCCGUUGAAGUACUGCGUCAUGCGAAUAUUAUUACUGGCGGUGCGGGUGUUAUAAACAGUCUUGUGCAUAUUAUUCUAAAGUAUCGCAAGCAUGGUGAGAAACCAACGAAACUUGAGCUGUUCCAAUUCUCUGCUGCAACACUAUUCUUCUGUCACGCUGUUAUGUCUAACAGAACGGCACAGAACAUAAUAGAGGAUGCGCAAGCGAAUACCAUUAAUGAGUACAGGGCUUCUCUAAAGAGCAACAGGCACAGGAAGAUAUUUGACAAAAUCAGCGCUGAAUCCAGGAGAAUACAAGGCACUGUCCAGGGCAACACGGAGGUCAUAAAGGGUAUAAAGAACAUCGCCAAUAAGGACCAGUACUUCGCGGAUGUGCUGCGCAUAAACAAAGAGGUCAACCAGCACAAGCUAAGGAUAUCGAUGACAGCGGACGGCCAGGUUAACUUGAACGCCCAGCACAAAUUCGACCCCUCUGAUUUGUACAGCAUGGGAAAGGACGGCCGCGCUGAGCUGUUCUCGACCCUGGGCCCGGCCGAUUUGACCGCCAGGAACGUAUCGACUAGGAUCGCGCCCGCAUCGUCUGUCGGUCAGUACGUCGACGCCAAAGAAGAGGAUGGCACGCUGGUCGGCAUCCAUCCGGGCGAAGUCAUAAGGAUCGGCACGUACCUGGUGCGCGUCAGCUCGUCCGGUGCGGAGAGUAUCGCGAACAUGCUCGAAAACCUAAGCCAAGAGGUCUACGCGAACCUGAUCACCGUGUGUUUCAACGUGCUCUCGAAGCUGCUGCCCGAGGAAAUCGCCAGGCUGAGAUUGCUGAGCCCGGACGAGGACUUGAUAGUGCAGAUCGUUAAGUUCGUUUUCAACUAUCUGAAAAGCGAGCGGCCCCUCGGCGAUCCGUGCAGACACACGGACAACGGCAUAUUAGUGAUACUAAAGGAGUUCUUCCAAGACGGAAGAGUACGCCAAGACACGAUUCUGCUCCUUAAAGACAGAUUGGUCUCUUGGAUCGAGGAAGAAAUUCGUCGGAGAAGUGUAUUGCGCCCCGAAAAGAUGCAAGUCAUCUGUAGUGCCUGUCAAGGCGUCCGUUUUGCA